AUGUCUGAUGCCAUCCGUCAGAUAAGGGACCCUGCGUCUGUUCAUCCACUAUCGCGAAAAGACUCGGGUUCCGUUUUCUUGAUCCAGAGUCCUUUGUUGAGACAGUCUUGGCUUUUCUGCGUGUCGAGUCACAUCAGAAAACGCCAUAUCCGCACCUCCCUUGUCGCCUCACCCGUCUUGGACGCAUCCCGCGAAUGCAGCAGGGCGCAGGACAGUCGUGUGCUUCAAGGCAACUCUGUGGGCUGUCGUCGAUCCUACGUCCUUUGCUCAAUACUCGUUGGUGAUUUGCGGAGGGGUACUCGUCAAGGGCGAAGUCUGCGUAUCUGUGAGGAGGCAGAAUCUGAUCCUCAGGAUGGACUGCCGGGGUGGACUCCCUCUCAGCCAUCCAACGGGCAUCCAGGACACGAGCACGAGAAUACCACCUCGUCGCGUGCCAAGUCCCUCCAUUCUCGCACCCUGUCGCGUGCCAAGGCUGAGAAUCCGUCAAGUCUCUUCUCACAAAGAUCCGCCAAGGCUGGAGAUGCAUCCUCAGCCUGGAAAUGUCGUCCGAAUGGGUUCACCGAGCUCUACGACUAG